AUAUAGACAAUUCCGAAUUUUAAUCGCGAUGUAGUUUUCAGUUAUAAAUUCGUGAGUAAACUGGUCGGUCGGUCGUAUCAGUACAACUAAAUCGUUUACAUUGAACUUUCUUUUUAUCGCCAAUAUGCUGUCAGUACCAACGGUUAUUAUCUUAACCAUUUUCUUAACAAUGGCAUCUGCAUGCCAAAUGCUAGUUCCACCAGAACUACUUAAUGGCUGCACAUUCACGCCGUUGGUAAUAACUAAUCCAUUGAAUGGUUACACAGUCAAUCGGUUUAACUGCAACGAGGUAGUCAAUAAAGAUGUUUUCACCGAACAACCGUAUGUCUACUUCAGUAAUGCUGAUGAGAGCAAGAGCUAUACGAUUAUCAUGAUUGAUCCCGACUCACCCCUUCAUAGUUCAGGUCAAUUCUUUCUUCAUUGGGCCGUUACUAAUGUUCCGGGCUACAUUCUAAAACAAGGUCUUGGCUGCACUCUCGGCGAUAUAUCUAUGGAAUACAUUGGUCCAGCUCCGGCAGCAUUUUCCGGUCCUCAUCGUUACAUGAUUUUUGUAUACGUGCAAACGAAGAGCUAUAUUUCGGCACCAUUACCACCGUUUCGGACACGAUUUGUUUUAAUGGAUUGGUUAAAUUCGUUUGGCGGUGAAUCCAGUAUUCGUGGCCCAGUUGCGUCCGUUGGUUUUAUUAGCGAGUUUUGAGGAUUUUUUAAAAAUACGAGCGCAAAUGUUCACAGUGCGAACAUUACCAAUCAGAGAAAUAAUAACGGCAGUCGUUAUCAUUUCUCUUUUAUCAAUAGAAUCCAAGACAGUACAGCAACAUCGUGCGGACAGUGUGCAUUAUUUGAGCCCAGCGACUUUUAAAAAUCGAUAGAGGAGAAAUAAUUCUCUGCUUAAAAUUGUUUCUGUUAAUUAAAAUGUUCUUUGGCUGUAACACGGUUAUAGCCACUAUAGACUUAAGCAGUUGAUUUUUCUUUUUCUAUUCGUAAUAAUCUAAGUUCCCCUUAAACACAAUCCGUUUACAAGAGACUCAUCAUGAUCGACUCUAUAAUGACCGAGCUUCCAGCUAAAGUUUGACUGAAAUUCUUUUUUUUAUUUUUGAACAAUUUCCGAAAAUAGAAUAAAUCAAAGAGCAAUUCUGAUACGAACGUGACUCAUAUACCAUAUACAAAGUCAAUUUAUAUAAAUUACCUUUAUAAGAGACAUCUCACUUCCUUUUUUGUAUGGGCUCAAUGAAAUCAUUUCUGCAAAUUCGAAAUAAAAUUCUUAAAAUCAAAGUGAUAAUUUUCAGCGAUUAUGCUAAUGAGUUUUUUAACGAAGAAAAAUGCAAAUUUACGUUUUGGUUUAAA